AUGUCUACUGCAACCACCAACUCUAUCCCUGAUGACCUCUUUAAGAAGGCCAAGACCGGCAAGGGACGGAGAGUACUGGCCGAGAGGGCCUCGAAACUCCAAGAGAAUGAUAAGACGGUUAUGCUACUCCGAGGGCCUCAGGCUGGUCAGGACGUUAAUGCUCUGUUGAAGGACCUAUACGAUAUGCUAAAGCCGAAUGCUGUCAAUCUGAGGAGGAACGAGAGUGUCCAGCCUUUCGAGGAUCCUGGCACGUUGGAAUUCCUUGCGAGGAAAAACGAUGCUAGUCUGUUUAUAUUCGGAUCGAAGACUAAGAAGCGACCAUUCCGAUUAGCUGUUGGCCGAACUUUCGACCACCAACUCUUGGACAUGGAGGAACUGCAUGUAUCCAACUACGUCCCGGCUAGUCAAUUCAAGGGGGCCGAGGCCCCUCGACUGGGUAGCAAGCCCCUAGUUAUCUUCCAGGGUGACGGCUUUGCUAGCGUACCGGACUUGCAGCAUGCUCGCUCCCUGCUAUUGGACGUAUUCAGAGGAUCACAGGCUAAAGCGGUGGCUUUGGACGGUUUGGACCAUGUCGUAGUCUUCACUGCAGUGGAGGACCCUGAGGAAACUGGAUCCCAUCUCAUAUGCUUCAUAGAAGCAGUAGUACAUAGUUGUGUUUGA